GUAUAUUGUGUACUUAACAAAAAAAUCACACAUUGUAAAUAACAAAGUCUGUGUACAAUAUUAUAAAUUAUAAUCAAAAUAUCGAAUGAUCAGUUAAAAUGGGUCGUAAAAUACCCGCUAAAAAACAUCGUGGUGUCAAAGAUCCUUUAGUACAACAAGCAAAGCGCUUACAAAGUCUUAAGGGUAAAAUAAAUGCGCCACCGAAGGAUCCAGACGAACAACCUAUCCCAAAAUCUGUAACGCAGCUCUUUGCCUUUCAAAAUAAAGAACAUAAUAAAAAGAAGAAAAAUAAGAAAAUAUCAUUAAAAGAUGAUGGGAGAGUUUCCAAAGCUGGUAAAAACCCCAUAGCCCAUUUGAAGAAGCUACCAGGAGAGUCUGGUCGUGACUUCUCGCUGCGUAUCAAUAGCACUAUGAGAGCCCUGCAUGAUCCCAUGGAACAACUUGAUUAUCCACAAGAUGUGGAAGCAGAUGAUAUGAAGGGAGAACGUAUGGCGGCGCUACGUGAGCGGCGACAACGUAAACACAAAGCUGCCAUAAAAAAGGAUCCUUCUUUAAAAGAUGAGCCAAAGAUGACCCGGACACAGAAACAAAAUUUAAAGAAGCAAGCCAAGAAAUUAAAAAUUGCUGAGGAGACGGCGCGGCCGGACGUGCAGUACGAGCGCGUGCAGUUCGGCGACCUGGCGCACGCGCCGCCCGCGCUCAGCGCGCCGCGCCGCGCGCCGCCGCCCGACCGGGCGGGGCGGCGCGACCUGCUGCUGACGUCGAUGCUGGCGGGCGGCACGCAGGGGGGCGCGGGCGGCGCGGGCGGCGCGGCGGGCGCGGCCGAGCUGGCGCGGCGCGAGCGCGUGCGCGUGGACGUGGUGGCGGCGUACCGCGCGCUCAAGAAGCAGCGCCGCCUGGAGGAGGCCGCCGGCCGGAAGACGAGUCGACCCGACCGAGCGAGACGGGCGUGACACUCGUAUAAAUUAAUACUUCACAGGGACAGAGCUUCCGUGUAGUGCACAAAACUUAUGUAUGUCUGCUCAUGGUUAUCAAAAUACAGUGGAUUACAAUAUUUUUUUUAAUAUCUGUGUUUCUACCGAAACCUCAAUGAGAGUCGUGGUCUUCUCACCGUCGCCAACUGACCGAGCCGAAG